AUGAUGAUCAAUUUUAAGAAAUCAAGAGAGAAGUACCAGAAAAAAAAAAUAGAUGUUAGUAAAUCCAUUUUACAAACAAGAAACCAAACAAUAAAUGAAAUAAAUAUAUCUACCCAAAAUCAAAAAUCAAUUUCAAAAAACCAAAAGAGAAGUAUUAGAAAAGAAGAAUGGUCAAUUCCAAAAAACCAAGAGAAAAAUACUAAGAAAGAAAAAUAG